CGUCUCAGCGGAAGUCUCGCCCCAAAAAUGACCACCUUUCGGUAACAAAGGCAUGUGACAAAGACAUGCCGCAUGUCCAGUCUUCUACUAUCUAUAGUCACUGGCUGUAAGCUGAUAAACUGAAAUUUUUAUCUAAGAAAGCAGAGAAUGGUAUACUGAGAACAGUAACGAGAACAGUUAAAAUGGCUAAACAUAAUGUAAAGAUUGGAAUAAUUGGUGGUUCUGGUUUAGACAGUCCACAGAAUCAGAUAUUAAAUUGUUGUACAAUCACCAUACGGGAAGAAGCAAAAAAUGAUUUUGGAUUACCAUCUAGUGAUCUUUAUCAUGGUAAUAUUAAUGGUGUAGAUGUCAUCUUGUUAUCGAGACAUGGACCAGGUCAUAAAAUAAGCCCCAGUGAAGUAAAUUACCGAGCAAAUAUUGAAGCUUUGAAAUUAGCUGGAUGUACUCAUGUACUUGCAUCAACAGCCUGUGGUUCUUUACAAGAAUCCAUUUCUAGAGGACAACUAAUUAUUCCUGAUAGUUUUUUAGAUAGAACAAUAGCUAGAAAGGUAACUUUAUAUGAUGGUGCUUCACCAAAAUAUAAAGGUGUAUGCCACAUACCAAUGGAACCAGCUUUUGAUCCAAGUACAUCUGAAAUACUAUUUGAAAUUGGAAAAGAAUUAGGAUAUGAAAUAAGAAAAGGUGGAACAAUAGUAACUAUAGAGGGACCUCGUUUUUCCUCAAAAGCUGAGAGUAAUGCAUUACGCCUAUGGGGCGGACACUUAGUUAAUAUGACUACAUGCCCAGAGGUAUAUCUAGCAAAAGAAGCAGGACUUUUAUAUGCAAGUAUAGCAAUGGCAACAGAUUACGAUUGUUGGAGAGAUUGUGAAGAUAAUGUUCAUGCAGCAGAUGUAAUAGCGGUAUUUAAACAAAAUGUUAAUAAAAUAAAGAAUAUACUUGUAAAAGCAGUUGAAGUUAUUAAUGAAAGACAUUGGGACAAAGAAAUUAGUUGUUUACAGAAAUUGUGCCAAACCAGUAAUGUCUCUUCUUGAACUUCAUAAUUUAGUAUUAUUCAAUUAACCCUUUGCAGACGGGACAAUUCGAAGCUGAGCGCUUUGUAGAGUAGAGUCGCUAUAGCAGCUGUUUUCGUCGAAUUCAUAUAUGCGUUUAUCGGCUACAUUCAUGGUUUACGUUGAAUAUACAUAUAUACAUACAGGGUGAUUCUCUCGCUACGCAAGACAAAAGCCGUGCCGCACAAUGGAACCCCCGCUGUUCCGUUUCUUGUUGUCUCAGUCAUAGACACACACGGAGCAGUUUUGGGUCCGGCAAUAUGGGCCCUGGGUCUCUUUACCCGCAAAAACAGCAGAUUGUGCGGCACGGCUUUUAUCUUGCGUAGCGAGAGAAUCACACUGUAUAUGCGUCGAUCGUCCCUAAAGGAUUAAAUAACUAUCAUUCCGAUUUAUAUACAUAUUAAAAGGUUUUAAGAACACGAAUUAUUUUUUUUAAUAAAUGCGACAAUGACAAGGA